AGACUUACGCAACUCGCGUACCUUACGGGAGGAGGAGGAAGGAAACCGCGAGCGUAAAGUCCGGCAGGCAGGCAGGCGAGCUGGGCCUCGGGAACGUCGUUGUAGCGGCAGCGCCGGCCUCAGCAAUAAUGAGAAGCGUGUGCUUCCUGGUGGCCACUCUCUUCAUCCCGUGGGGCCUCGUUUGGGCAAAGUUCGAUGAGUUUGACGACGGCGAUGACAUUGUGGAAUAUGAUGAUAAUGACUUCGCUGAGUUUGAAGAUGUGAUAGAAGAUCCUGCGACUGAAUCUCCCCAGCGGGUCGUCACGACCGAAGAUGACGAGGAGGAAGCCACUGUUGAGCUUGAAGGUCAAGACGAAAAUCUUGACUUUGAGGAUGCUGAUGCGCAGGAAGGUGAUACAGAGAGUGAGCCUUACGACGAUGAAGAGUUUGAAGGCUACGAGGAGAAACCUGAUGCAUCUCCCGGCAAGAGUAAAGAUCCUAUAACAAUUGUUGAUGUCCCUGCCCACCUCCAAAAUAGCUGGGAGAGUUACUACAUGGAAAUCUUAAUGGUGACGGGGCUGCUUGCUUACAUCAUGAACUACAUCAUAGGGAAGAAUAAGAACAACCGCCUUGCUCAGUCCUGGUUCAAUAGUCACCGGGAGCUGCUUGAAAGUAACUUUGCCCUUGUUGGGGAUGACGGCACAAAUAAAGAAGCCACAAGCACGGGCAAGCUGAACCAAGAGAACGAACAUAUUUAUAACCUGUGGUGCUCCGGGAGGGUGUGCUGUGAGGGCAUGCUUAUACAGCUCAAGUUUCUCAAGAGACAAGACUUGCUGAACGUUCUCGCUCGCAUGAUGAGGCCAUCCUGUGACCAAGUGCAAAUAAAAGUUACCAUGAAUGACGACGACAUGGAUACCUACGUGUUUGCUGUUGGGACAAGAAAAGCUUUGGUGCGGCUUCAGAAGGAAAUGCAGGACCUGAGUGAGUUCUGCAGUGACAAACCCAAGACCGCAGUGAAGUAUGGGCUGCCAGAGUCUUUGGCUAUCCUGUCUGAGAUGGGUGAGGUCACAGAAGGAAUGAUGGAUACCAAGAUGAUCCAUUACCUCACACAUUAUGCUGACAAGAUUGAGUCCGUCCAUUUUUCGGACCAGUUUUCCGGUCCAAAACUUAUGCAAGAGGAAGGUCAGCCUUUGAAACUGCCUGAAACUAAAAAGACACUAUUGUUUACUUUUAAUGUGCCUGGAUCAGGCAACACCUCCCCGAAAGAUAUGGAAGCUCUGCUGCCUCUGAUGAACAUGGUUAUUUAUUCCAUUGACAAAGCAAAAAAAUUCCGUCUGAACAGAGAGGGCAAACAAAAAGCGGAUAAGAAUAGGGCACGUGUAGAAGAGAACUUUCUGAAACUGACUCAUGUGCAAAGGCAAGAGGCUGCUCAGUCCCGCCGGGAGGAGAAGAAACGUGCCGAGAAAGAGAGAAUCAUGAACGAGGAAGAUCCAGAAAAGCAGCGCCGCUUGGAGGAGGCUGCUUUGCGGCGUGAGCAGAAGAAACUUGAGAAGAAGCAAAUGAAAAUGAAGCAAAUCAAAGUGAAAGCCAUGUGAAGAACAAAGCUGCGAGAAACCUCUUUUCUUGGUGCCAACCCUAGAAUUGCAAUUUGCUUCCUACAAUGAACUAAUUAUAUUCCUGACCUUAAUCAUUGCCCAUUAAGAACCACUUCUGACACUAGCCUUUGUUGCUCAUGGGAUUAUGUUCAAAGCGUUUCUGUGAAUGUGUACAUGUGGCAAGGUUUGUUAGAACGCCAAGGAGCUUUUCCUGGGUGAAUCGCAGGAUUUUUCCUGGAAACGUUGCAUGGGUCAUCAGUUCUGAUUUAACUUCUACGUGUGCCUGCGUGCACUGGGUUGCUUCAAAAAGUGAUCCCAUAAACACCAAAGUUACAUUUCAGUCGGCAGCGAGCGAGGUGUUCUUUGCAUUGGCACUCCCAGCAGGUAGGAUACAACCCUGAAGCCCACUUCAGUCCCCCUUGGUGUGUGGGACUGGACUGCUAAUAAAUAUUUUCAGGGUUGCAGCCACUGCUCUGGUUUUAUGUACAUGCAGAUGUGUAUAUAGAGAGCUUUGCAAUAGUCUUCCAUGUUGUUGGAUUGUUCAUUUUACCCUACUUGCUUUGGUAUUGGAGAAAAUUGCAAUAUUCCUUGGAAUUCUUUGACUCCUUGUUUCUUUAAAAGUAUAUAUCUAUAUAUAUAUAUAUAUAUAUAUAUGGGAAGUUUCCUAGAAUGUGCCAGCAAUGCAUAUGCACUUUGAUACUAUUUUUGGGAAUGGGGCAAAAUAAAGACUUAAAAUGGCCAAAAUUAAAGAACAACCAACCAACCUUCACGAUGGGGUGGAGGUGGAACACCACUCCUGUAAUUGGCGCAUCCAGCACAGUUAGAUAUCAAGCGAUUAAGCACAAAACACAAAUGCUUUCAAUAGUUCAGGUUUUAAAACCAAUUGUAGCGCAUGAGAGAAGGGGAGAUUUCCUUCUUUCACAGCUCUUGUAAUAGGAAGGUGCUAAAUGUGUAUUAUUUAAAUACUUGCAGUUUCCCCAAAUCAUUAAUCUGGAAUUAUUCCGGGGGGCGGGGAGCUGCUGAGUGUAGUUUGGGGCAAGCAUAUUGGAAAUCAAUCUGUGGACGACAUAUUGAAAAGCCUGUGUGUGUAUAAGCACUGCUGUUCAAGCUUCAUAGGAUCUGGGCCUGAAGAUUCGUGCAUGCUAUUGUUGGUGUGUAAGUCGGCAAUUUGGAAACGACAGGUGCAAAAGAAUUUGCCCAGUGAUAUUUGAUUUUUCUAAACAUAUAUAUGUAUCUGGUUUAAAACAAUGUGUGCCCUAUCUGUAAAAUUGCACAGAAAUUGGGGGGCAUAACAGUUGGUGAGCCCCCUGCUGCUGCAUAAAGUUCUCCGUGGAAUCAAACGUGGUUCCUCAUGCAUCAGCCCGUUACUGAAAGCCAUCCCAACACAGCAGACUAGUGUGUAUCUGCACAUGGUUUUGCUGUGCCCAUUUCCCCAUGUGGAUAGUGCUUGCUGGUUCUGGCUGAGUUCACAUGUUGGGUUCCUUUCCUUCUCUAGACAGAUGCCUAUGUGUGUUUGUUUAGCAGCUUUUUCUGGGUUUCAGUGUGUUCUAAUUGUGUCUCACCUUCCCUGGUAAUUUCUUCUUUUUAUGUUUCUGAGGCUGCUGGCUAUAUAACAGUUUGGCAAGGAGCUUUAGAGGAGUGUACCUUUUGUUUCUGUUAAAGGUUAUUUACUGAGGAGUUGGUGUAUGCUGGGGAAACUGGAGUUUCUCAACACUUUGCAGUCUUGCGGAAUUGCUGCAUUUUAUAAAUGCUUGACUAGCUGGCAUUUAAUCAUUUGUACGUAACGGAUACACUUUCUGUGGUGGGUUUAAUGGGAAGGAACUUGUUUCUUAAUGUAUUUUCUUGACGAUGCUUUUACCUGCAAAUAUCUUUGAUGCAAUAACAUUGAGCUGCUCCUCUAAACAGGCAUGUGCUAAAAAUACAUUUGUCAGAGCAUGGAAAUGCACAGGUUCUUUCUGAAUGCAAAAACAAAAAACCCUGCAGCCUGAAAAAAAAGGCAUUUGAAUUUAGUAAUUUUUAUAACUACCACUUAUAGUACUUUACAGCAGAAAUAGCAAUCCUAUGUGGGAUUCAAACUAUUUUGUCACUAGAUGUAGAAAGUAAAAUUGAAUAAAGUAUUGUUUCACAGAG